AUGUCGGGAAACGCAAGGGGUGAUAGGUCGACGCGCCAGGAGGAGGAAAAGAAUUUGUACAAUCCACGUUCACCAUCUUUUUGUCGUGCUUGUGUAGAUUUAUCCACUUACAAAAAAAUUAAACCAGAGUCUCGGACGGCAUCACCCUUUUUCCUUGAUGCGAAAGGUUGCCCACUCGACAAAACCAGUCUUGGUCGCGCAACAUGGGCUCUUCUGCAUACAAUGGCUGCCUACUAUCCAAUUACUCCGACAAAAGAAGAGAUGAAGUCAAUGGAAAGCUUUAUCAACGAUUUUGCCAACUUCUUUCCGUGCAAAUACUGUGCUGAUGACUUCAAGAAAAAUAUUAGUAUUUACCCACCAGACGUUCGAAGCCGUGAAGCAUUCAGUGGGUGGAUGUGCCUGCAGCACAAUCUAGUAAACAAGAAAACAGGAAAACCACUUUUUGACUGCUCUCGUGUUAUGGAACGUUGGCGCUAUGGUUGGGCUGACAAAUCUUGUGAUUUGGACUUCCAGGAUAUUUGA